UAUAUUAGUAAGAAGAUAAGGAAAUUAGAAGAGAAAUUACGCCGAGCACGAAGAAUGGAAGAGUCUUCAGACUCCUCUUCAUCAUCGGAAUUGCUAGACUUGCAAAACGAUGCAGGCGACGAAUUCAGCAUAUGUUCCAGGCCACCCAGCCCAAUAGAGGAGGUAGAAAUAAUCUCCAUGGACAAUGAACCGCUGCUGGCAGAUGUACCGCCCGCGCCGCCAGAAAUACCUGCUGGGAGUACCGAGGUACCUAAUGGAGAUCAAGCUUUGCCGGACGAGAUUUUGGAGAUUUUGGGAGAGGACCCAACAUCUGUUUCGCAAUUGGGACCAGAAAUACGGAAGGAAUUGGCUAACAGAUUAAAUCACAUCGCUAUCUCCGGUCUGGAUAAAGAGGUCCGAAAAGAUUUAUUCCAAAAUAAAAAAUACAUGGUUCCUACCAACAGCGAACGCAUCGCCGCGCCAUUACUUAACUUAGAAAUAAGGGCGGCAUUGCCAGAUACCAUAUUAAAACGGGACAAGGGCAUGGAAACGAGACAAAAGCAGAUUUCUGCGGUUAUUUCUUGUAUUGCCCGGGUUAUAGAUAAUCAAAUAAAAAAUAAUAAUGCUGACAGCAAAGUAACCAAAGAACUGAUGGACAGCAUUCGUAUGCUCUGUGACAUCCAGUAUUCCGACUCUAUGAGAAGAAGAUAUUUUAUUUUAUCUUGCGUAAAAAGGGACGUGUUAGAACACCUAAAACUGACAAAGGUUGACAAGUACUUGUUUGGUGAAAACAUAUCAGAGACUUUAAAAACGGCAAAAACGGUGUCAAGAUCGAGAGCCGAGAUUAUAAAGAUUCAGGACAGUAAUAAUAAAGGAACAAUAAAGAGGAAAACACAACCAUCAACUUCAACUUUAAACUACAGGGCUCCUCCGGCACGCAGGCAGCCGGUACAAAAGAGGAGCCAUCCGCCUGCUCCAGCGCGGAAGCCCGAAUUCUCAUCGAGAGGAUCGCGGCAUCAUCAACAGCAAUACAGGAAUCCACGUCGCGAUUAAACGAGCAAACGCAACAUACAGUCACAACUUACCCUGGUUGCUGGGAUAUUAUACGGCGGUCACUACUACGAAGAGACGCCCCACCAGCCUCAAUCGACAUAAUGCUAUCAUCCCUGGCAGAAAGCUCCAUCAAACAGUACGAUGUUUGCUUGAAGAAAUGGUUUACACAUUGUAACAGGAAUUCAAUAAAUAUGUUGGAAGCACCAGUCCCAGAG